AAUCUAUCCUACAUAACCAGACACCAACUGGGAGCUUGCUUAUUGCACAUUUUUCUCUUGUCUUAUCUCUGACUGAUUGUGUGUGAGCUCGUUCAACAAUGAAGACACUUAUACUUCUUGCUUUGGUUGCUUUUGCAGUUGCUGAUGUGGAGUGGGACUCCUGGAAACAGACCUUCCAAAGAGACUACAAAGAUGAUGUUGAGGAGCUCAACAGAUACAACAUCUGGCAGGACAACAAGAAGAUAGUCGAGGAGCACAACGCCGCUGGCAAGCACAGCUUCACUCUCGGUAUGAACCAAUUCGCUGAUCUCAAGAACGAGGAGUUUGUGUCAAUGAUGAACGGGUACAAAUCCGGCCCCCGCUCUAACAGCACAAAGAUCUUCAAGUCUGAUCCCAACUUCAAGCCCGAGGCUGACACUGUUGACUGGAGGGCAAAGGGCUAUGUGACAGGAAUCAAGAACCAAGGCCAGUGCGGAUCUUGCUGGGCCUUUAGCACCACCGGAUCUCUGGAGGGACAACACUUCCACAAGAGUGGCACAUUGGUCUCCCUCAGCGAGCAAAACCUUGUCGAUUGCUCGGGCAGUUAUGGCGACAACGGCUGCAAAGGUGGCCUCAUGGACAAUGCCUUCAGGUACAUCAAGGCAAAUGGCGGAAUCGAUACGGAAGAGAGCUACCCCUACAGAGCUCACGAUGAGAGGUGCACGUUCAAAUCUAGCAAUGUUGGCGCAACUCUCUCUAGUUACGUUGAUGUUGCACACAAGGACGAGGAUGCUCUGAUGAAGGCCUCUACAGACAUUGGCCCGAUCUCGGUUGCUAUUGAUGCCAGCCACCAGAGCUACCAGCUCUACCACAGUGGAGUCUACUAUGAGCGAGAGUGCUCUUCGACCAAAUUGGACCAUGGAGUUCUGGUUGUCGGCUACGGAACCGAUGGUGGUUCAGACUACUGGAUCGUGAAGAACAGCUGGGGCACGAGCUGGGGAAUGGAAGGAUACAUCCACAUGGCCAGGAACAGGGACAACAACUGCGGUAUCGCUACACAGGCCAGCUACCCCGUCGUCUAACUUGCUAGACUACUAGUGGACAUUUUAGUGAUUUUUGAGUGUGUACUGCUUGUGUGUGUGUGUAUAAUUAUUAUGAAUGUAUGUACCACAUGAGAAAACAUUGAACAAUGA